AACGGGGAAGCAGCGGAUGUGGAGACGGUGGCAGAAAAUGACCUGCGUGUCAGAUUUGCAUGAGGACGGGUUGCAGGGCUAAGAAGCCUGGAAUGGUCCCCCCUCCGCCAGGAGAGGAAAGCCAGACCUUCGUCCUUCCACCUGGCUGGCAAAGCUACUUGUCUCCUCAGGGCCGGCGUUACUAUGUCAACACGACCACCAAUGAGACCACCUGGGAACGUCCCAGCAGUUGUCCUGGGAUUCCAGCCAGCCCUGGCCCUCACAGGAGCUCUCUGCCUCCAGCAGUGAAUGGAUACCACGCGUCAGGGACCCCAGCGCACCCCGCAGAGACUGCCCACAUGAGUGUCCGAAAAUCCACCGUUGAUUCCCAGAAUCUGGGAUCCUCGUCACCAGGCAAAAAGCAAAGCAAGGAAAACACCAUCACA